CCGGUCUCUCUGGUCAACCAUUCAGGGCUCAACGACUUAUCAUGGAUUUCGGAGAUCUCAAUGACCGACCUUUAAAGAAACGUCGCUUUUUCGCCGACGAAGAAACCCCGGAUCCCUCGACCAACCAGAUUAACUCCGGUUCAGACACUGACGCCCACAUAAAUGGUACCGCGGUCUCUACAUCAAACGAUACGGCGGAAUCGGAGCGCCCUGAGGAAUCGACUGUGGAGGAGACCCUUGAGCAAGGCAACACGGAUGCAUUCGACACGGAAGCCUUUACUAGCAUUGUUGGUGAACAACUCCCGUCGGAUACCAUACGCAAAAUCCAAAAUGUGGCCGGCAACGACCUGGAGAGAGCCGUCAACGUCUACUUCGACGGGUCCUGGAAAACGUCGACCUCGCGCGCUGUGAACCAAACCACCUUGACAUCUCGAGAGCGGACGACCUCCUCGCAACUAACACCUGUUGAAAGAACUUCCGUGCAGGAAGCAAGGACGCCGCGUCGUACGGGCCAGCCUUUAUUACGAUACAUCGGUGCUUUUGGCGUUGGUGCGUGGGCAACGAGGAGCGGGAUGGGUCUGCUUAAGCAUGGAGACAAGGUCAAUAUCGAGAGGGCGAGAUCACAGCCAAUCUCAAAACGCGGGCGAGGAGGUAGGAUCAUCACGAAUCAGAAAGGAGAUGUUUUGACUCGAUUCACGAACAUUGCUGGCCAGGAGAUUGGGAGACUGCCUCGUGAAACGGCUGAAUGGGUGUCCACUCUGAUCGAUCAGAAGGCUUGCAAGUUCGAGGGUGUCUGCGUCUAUGCUCCGGACCGAAUCCGUGUCAACGACACGAUCUACUUGCAGCUAUGGUGUUAUCUUCGUAAAGAGGCAUUUCAGCCCUGGAUCAUCGACGAUAGCCUUGACGAUAACAGAUCAACGACCAUAUUCGAGGAAAGAGAGAGCGCGGAAGAGAAGCGCCUGCGUCUUCGUCAGGUUGCCUUGGUGCAUUUAUUUGACGAAAUCGGUCUCAAUCCGACAUCCAUAAAUGACAUGACAAGAAAGCACAAAAAAGAGGGAUUGCUCCGUGCGGCAGAAAUUGCAGAGCAAUACGACAAGAACAAAAAGGAAAGCAAGUCGAAUGGCAACUCAUCGGAGGAAGAAGACUCCGCUGAACUCGAGGAGGAUCAAUUGGACACUCUUUACAAGAAGGCCCAGUCAUUCGAUUUCAGCAUGCCGACGGCGGAGCCACCAUCGACAUUCACUAUGGAUCUUCGAAAGUACCAGAUGCAAGCGUUACACUGGAUGCUUGCCAAAGAGAAGGAUAACAAAUCUGGCCGGGAAAGAUCAAUGCAUCCGUUGUGGGAAGAGUAUGUGUGGCCGACGAAAGAUGUGGAUGAUAAGGAUCAGCCGGUCGUCGAGGGAAUUAAUCAUUUCUAUGUCAACCCAUACUCCGGGGAGCUCAGUCUUGAUUUCCCGGCGCAAGAGCAGCAUUGCUUAGGUGGCAUACUCGCAGACGAAAUGGGGCUGGGUAAAACUAUCGAAAUGAUGGCUCUUGUCCAUGCCCACCGCAACGUCUAUCCAGAUCACGCAGACGCUGCCCCCAGCUCCGUCAGUGAUCUUACGAGACUUCCCGUCGCUUCGAAUACCGUGGUUACCGCUCCUUACACAACUCUUGUCGUUGCUCCCACAUCCCUCAUCUCACAGUGGGAGAGCGAAGCUCUCAAGGCGUCUGAAGAGGGAACGAUGAAGGUUCACCUAUAUUACGGCAACGAUAAACUUGUUGAUCUGAGGACACUUUGUUCUGCAAAUAAUCCCGAUGCCCCUAACGUGAUUGUCACUAGCUAUGGCGUUGUGCUCUCGGAUUAUCGACACUUCGUGUCAAACAUGUCUGCUGCUGCCACUCCUGGUGGCUUAUUUUCUGUGGAGUUCUUUCGCGUUAUUCUUGACGAAGCCCAUAUUAUUAAAAACCGAUUGUCAAAGUCCGCCAGGGCAUGCUACGACCUUAAAGCAACGCAUCGCUGGGUGUUGACAGGGACGCCUAUCGUCAAUCGCCUAGAGGAUCUGUUUAGCUUGGUACGAUUCCUCAAGGUUGAGCCCUGGAACAACUUCUCGUUCUGGAAGACCUUUAUUACCGUUCCAUUUGAGUCUAAAGACUAUGUGCGUGCGCUCAACGUCGUACAAAGCGUCCUCCAGCCUUUGGUUCUUCGGCGUACCAAAACAAUGAAAACACCUGAAGGAGAGCCUCUGGUACCCCUGCCUCGUCGGACAAUCACGGUCGAAGAGGUCCACCUCUCAGAUCAGGAGCGUGAGAUUUACGAUUUAAUCUACACCCGGGCAAAGCGGACAUUCAAUGACAACGUCGAAGCUGGAACACUUCUGAAGUCUUUCACAACAAUCUUUGCCCAGAUCCUACGGCUCCGUCAAACAUGUUGCCACCCUGUACUCACCCGCAACAAGGCCAUCGUUGCAGACGAGGAAGACGCCGCAGCGGCAGCCGACGACGGCAACGGGCUUAAAGAUGAUAUGGACCUGCAAGAGCUGAUCAAUAAAUUCACAACGGCAACAGAGGAAGCCGAUUCCAACGAUAACCGGGAUUCUUCGACAACUUUCACAACAUACGCUUUAAAACAAAUCCAGAAUGAGUCCAGCGGAGAGUGUCCCAUCUGCUCCGAGGAGCCCAUGAUCGAGCCCGCAGUAACGGCCUGCUGGCACAGUGCGUGCAAGAAGUGCCUGGAAGACUAUAUCCGCCAUCAGACCGACAAAGGCGACUCGCCACGAUGCUUCUCAUGCCGUGCACCCGUCAGCAACCGCGACAUUUUCGAAGUCAUCCGCCAUCAAUCACCCAACUCGACGCCCACGGCUGAAACCGACAUCUACAGCAGCACACCCCCGACAAGCACCCAGUCGGCGCCUCGAAUCUCCCUCCGUCGAAUCAACCCGCUCUCUCCGUCCGCGCACACCUGCGCCAAAAUCCACUCUCUCAUCAACCACCUCCACCGCAUCCCCUCCACCACCAAAUCCGUCGUCUUCUCCCAAUUCACCAGCUUCCUCGACCUCAUCGCCCCCCAGCUGGACCGGGAAGGCAUCCCCUACCUCCGCCUCGAUGGCACCAUGCCCCAGAAACAGCGCGCCCAGGUACUCGCGCAAUUCAACAAACUCGACUCCUACGACCAGGAAGACAUCGAAGAUGAAUCCGAACCCGGCACCACCCCCUUCCGCCUCAACGCCGCGAAAAGGCCACCCCCUCCCACCCCGCGAGUCCUCCUAAUCAGUCUUCGCGCCGGCGGUGUCGGCCUCAAUCUCACGGCCGCUAGCAACGUAUUCAUGAUGGACCCGUGGUGGAGCUUUGCCAUCGAAGCCCAGGCGAUUGAUCGCGUGCAUCGAAUGGGCCAGCUGCGCGAUGUGAAUGUGACGAGAUUCAUCGUUAAGGAUUCCAUCGAGGGACGCAUGUUGAGAGUCCAGGAGCGUAAGAUGAAUAUUGCGGGGUCCUUGGGUCUCAGGGUAGGUGGUGAUGGAGGCGAGGAUGAUAAGAAGAAGGAUCGCAUUGAGGAGCUGAAGUUGCUGUUUGAGUAAUUCAGUUUUUGUUCUGCUUGAUGGG